UCACACAGAGACCCACAGACUCACACAGAGACCCAUAGACUCAUGGAGGCAAGGAAGGAAUGGAAGAGAAUGGGGAUGGCUGUGCCCAGCAGCGGGGUGUUACCGGCUGGCAACAACAGCGAUAGCAACAACAGCGAUAAUAAACACACAUGCAUAGUAACAAUUAUGUUUAAAAUCUAUUAAAUGUGUUUGGGUUACCCACACGCGGCACAUUCCGCCCGUCACCUGAAUUGCUGCCUCGCAGCGGCAGCAGCACCAGCACGUGUGCCCGUGGAAAAAAAUAUUGGUUUUAAUGGAUUCUUAUCUCCACGGCAGAGCCGGGUAGCGGUUUCACCUCUGUAACCACCAGACAGGGCUUACAGGAAAAGUCGAAAAAAAAUGAGCCCAGCAGUGGAACAAUUUGGUUGAGAAUUUAUACAUUAUAUACCUCUAUAUAUAUGCCUACACACACACACGCACAUAGGUGCGUGCGCCUCCCGUUCACGCGUUUUCAUCACUCCCGUUGCAGGGGCCUCUGGGCGACGUGGCCGUGGGACCCUUGCUGGACGCUUUGGCAGCGGACAAAGCUGUCCAGGGGGGGAGGCAGCGAUGGGUUUGUUGCUAUGGGGACAACAGCUGCUGCUCAUCUACCUGAACAUCCAAGCAGGAGCGAACGCCCUGGGUCCUCUGACUCUGAGCACCAGGGGGGCCGUGCGGAAGGUGGGAGAGGGCCUAAGCGUGAUCUGCACAGUCGCCAACGAAGAUCGCAGGGUCAGCCUGGAGUGGACGCUGAAUAAGCUCCCUCUGAAUGAAACCAGGGAGUACUCGCAUCGCUCCGCUGGCCAGUUCCUCCUCGAGCAGACGCUCGUCCUGGGUCCCCUGCGGGUGGAGGACUCGGGAGAGUACUCGUGCCAGGCGGUGUCCAUGACGGCCUCCCUGAACGAGUCAUUUUGGCUUCGCGUGGUCGAGAAAGGUUACGUGGUGCUCAGCGUGGAUGGACCCUGGGAGCUGCAGCUGAGCAAAGGGGAGACGCUCCAGAUGAAGGUCGCCAUCGACUCCUACCCUCGCGAGACCCAACGCCAGUGGCUGCGCAAUGGCACGGUGAUGUUAGACCACGGCUCCGGGGAUUUGUGCAACAAUGAAACCAGCGACACGUGUGAUGGGAGAGUCAUUCACCGAGUGUCACCGGAGGAUGGAGGUAUCUACACGUUCGUCGCUAGGAACGAAGACAACGAGACGUCUGUGGACUUCUUUGUUCACGUUAAUGGGAGCGGCUUGGAGCGACCAGUUGUGAUCCAGAGCGUCGUCAAACUGUCCGGCAAGGAGAACAAUUUUUUCGAGGUGACGCUCACCCUAUCGGUGUUCUUCGUCUUCCUUAGCUCCCUUUUCAUCGUCUUCCUCUACAAACACAAGCAGAAGCCUCACUACGAGAUUCGGUGGAAAAUCAUCAGCAGUGUGAAUGCUGAAACCAACGAGUACAUCUACAUCGACCCGUCCACCUUGCCCUACGAGCCCGUGCGCUGGGAGCUCGACCCCAGCCUUCUCACUCUUGGGAAGACGAUCGGCUGUGGCGAGUUUGGUAAGGUGGUGGAGGCCAAGGCCCACGGGAUCCCGCACCAGGGCUCCGUGACCCGCGUGGCCGUCAAGAUGCUCAAGCCCAGGGCACACCAUGCGCACAAGGAGGCGCUGAUGUCGGAGCUGAAGAUCAUGAGUCACCUGGGACGCCACCUCAACAUAGUCAACCUGCUGGGAGCGUGCACACGUGAAGAUCCCAUUCUGGUUAUCACGGAGUACUGCAAUUACGGAGAUCUGCUGAAUUAUUUACGGAGAAAGUGGCAUAUUCUGAACAGUGGAAACAACGAUGACGCCACCAAUUAUCAAAACCUGACCAUCGCCAGAAGAAUGGAAUCGACCCAGGUUGCGGUUGGAAUUGAAGAAUACAGUCUCAAGGCGGCGCUUAUGAAUCAAGCGGAGCGAGGAUUUAUUCAUGGGCACAAAGGCUGGGACGCGUCGUCAGAAGAGGAGAGAGAAGCAAUCGCGAGCGAUGACUCCACUCCGUUCGGGGUGGACAACCUCCUGAGCUUCUCGGAGCAGGUCGCGAGCGGUAUGGCCUUCCUCGCUCACAAGAACAUAAGUCGUGAGAGGAGUGACUCAGCAUUCAGUCUUUCUCCUGGGUUAAACGAGUGGUGGAACAAUGAUAAUACUGGUCGCUCAGUGAACAUCUACACUGGGGAGACAAAGGCGGCCGGGCGUGUUGCUGGGCACCUACCCCGUAGUGUAUCGUGGCCGACCUUCACAGAACUUGCCCCAAGUUUGUUGAAGGCCACACAAGGAAUUUUUGUCUUUUUUCAGUGCAUCCAUCGCGACCUGGCUGCGAGGAAUGUGCUCGUAACGCACGGACGCGUCGCCAAGAUUUGCGACUUUGGGCUAGCACGGGACGUCCAGACUGACCCCAACUACGUAGUGAAGGGCAACGUGCCUCUGCCUGUGAAGUGGAUGUCUCCAGAAAGCAUGUUUCAUGGGCUCUACACGGUGCAGAGUGACGUGUGGUCAUAUGGCGUGCUACUGUGGGAAAUCUUCUCUUUUGGAGAGGCCCCUUACCCUGGCAUGGCAGUCGAUGACAAGUUCUACCGCUUGAUCUGCGAUGGCUACUGCAUGCAGCCACCCCCCCGCUGUCCACCGCAAGUCCGCGAGGUGAUGCACCGCUGCUGGAGCCACGCGCCGUUAGAGCGCCCCACGUUUGAGGCGAUCCUCGCAGAGCUGAGACCGGCCUCCAACGAUGACAAGAUCGACAAAGGCGAAGAGGUCGGCUGGGAGCCGUCGUCCGUUCCGUCCGAGCACAGCUCCCUCGCUUGCUAGGAUCGCCCUCGCUACCCUGUCCACUCUAGGGGUGAAUAGUUUAUUUUAUUAUUUCAAAGAUUACCGUGCUACAUUUGUUUAUUCAAGAAAGUCUCAAUCUUUUGCAGGAGGGUCCUGUCCAGCUUUCACAGAAGGGGGCGAUGUUGCCACGGUGUUCAAUCCCUGUUUAAGUAAUUUGCAAGUAAUAUCUUACAGUUAUAAUGGGUUGUUAUUUUAAAGCUGCGAACCCUGAGAAAACGCGUGCACAACAGGGGAAGAACAUGCAAAGUCCACAAACUCUCACUUACACGCAAGACUAAGAUCCCCCCAUGUAACAGACUGUUGGAGUAAGUGCAGUUUAUGAGCACUUAUGAAGGCCAGCACAGCAUACGGGGUUUGUCUC